UUGAUUUUGAGAGAAAAAAACUUCCAAUUCAAGAUGGCUGCGUCCAUUGUCAACAACAAGUAUCGAUACGUUGAAUUUUAUGGGUAAACCUUCAAAAUGAAGUCAAGAAGAAAGCGAUAUCGGCCAGUUACGGAAUAUAACAUAAAGACUCCUCACAGAGAUAACAAGGUGAUUUCAAAGCUGCAUACUAUUAACAAGGAAAUUGAAAAGAUCAGUGGAAAAAAGGAGAAAGAAUCACAUGCCGAUCCAAGGAUCAUUUCCUUGAAAAAGUGUGUGGAAGAGCUCGGAGGACUUGAUGCUUAUCAAUCAGCAUCGAAACUCGGAGAAGCUCACCAUGGAAACAUCAACUCUGCAAAAUGGGUUCUACAAAAACUGAAAGAAUUGAAUAUCAGGAAAGAAAAGGGAACCAAGUUGAAACUUUUGGAUGUGGGCGCUUUAGACAAUCAUUACAGAAAGCAGAAGAAAUGGAUCGACUGUACUGCCAUUGAUCUUAACCCUCAGAAUGGCUGUAUCAUCAAAGCCGACUUUUUCACAUUCCAGAAUGAUGAGCCGAUGCUCUAUGACAUCAUUGUUCUGAGUUUGGUUCUGAACUUUGUUGGUUCACCUGCUAGACGUGGAGAAAUGCUCAAAAAAUGUAGAGCGAUAUGCAAGCCACUAGGACACUUAUUUAUUGUUUUGCCACUUGCCUGUCUGGAGAAUUCUCGGUAUCUCAGCCAUGAACUCUUCCAGGAAAUGUUAGAGAGCCUUGGUUGCAACCUCACUGCCUCGCAUAGCAGUCAAAAGCUCAGUUUCGUCAUGUGUCAGUUCACCGGUGAACCUAGCCAGAGGAAAGCUUUCCCAAAGACAGUUGUCAGGAAUGGAAUCAAACGGAACAAUUUCAGUAUUGUUAUGACCUCAUGACCUGUGGUGUUCAAGCACUCUUCGUGGGAGCACUCCCAUUUAGCCUCAUCCAAUCACGUUGAGGGCGCUAUACUCUGUUGCCUCAUACAAGUACUUCCAGAUGUUAAUGAUAUCUGUGUAGACCCUUUGAGACGUGAUGCCGGUCAUCAGAACAUUUUAGAACUGAAAUUGCUGUGGUGGUGUUCACUUCUUACGGUAGAAACUGCUAGCAAUCUGUAGAUGAAUCACUCCUACGGAUUUGAUCCGGCAAUACCCAUGCUCAGAUCUUGUUACCUUCUUCGAAGGCAUUUCAAGAAAUCCCUUUCCUCUCUCCUUCAGGUUUCAUUCAUUGCAUUCUUAUUUGACUUUCUUUAAGACAAGGAAGUAAUCUGGAGCAAACUGCACUUCCAACUCACAUUUGAGCCAAAUGAUAAGUAGAUAACGGUAUGUCUGUUUCAUAUUGAUUCUUUUUCCAUAUGCAUCAAAUUAAAGAGGCAGUCGGGGUGACAUUAAAAUGUGAUACUGUGAAUAUUUUUGUUGAGAGGAUUUAGUUUGCUUCUAAUGUAAGUCUGCAAAAAAUGAGACAGAUUUUGGAAUAUCUAAGCAUUUAUGCUCCGAUCUUAAAUUUCCACAGGAAUUUUGUAAUGGAUUGCUCAACAGAUGAGACUGGAUCAGCUUAUAACUUGGGGAGAAACUUGUGAUUAUGACACAGAACUAUGUUUCAGUCUCUACAUCUGAUGAUACCAUUAUGAAAUGACUCAAAAUGAAACCAUUUUCUGUACAGCAAAUAUUAAUGAAAUAGAAAUCAAACUGAUAAAGUAAU